ACUAAAUUUUGCGAAAAUAUUUUCGUCACGGCGAUCUGUAUUUAUCUCUAUUUUAUAAAGACUAACGCCGAACUAUAAAUAGCUAGGUUACUGACGUCUUUGCGUGGUGUGUUCAAUGUAGUAGAGAGUGCUUGCGGUUAAAAUUUUACGACUUUACUAUAAAAAUGCGGUACAUACUUCUCACGGUUGUGCUUAGCACAGUUUUCGCAUACGAAAAAGAUAUGACUUUUACAGUGCAAGCUGGCAAAAUGGACUGUUUUUACCAAAAGGUUUUAGCUAAUGAAAUAAUUGAUAUAGAAUACCAGGUUAUAGACUCAACACACGGCGAGCUGGACAUAUCCUUCCAGAUGUCUGACCCGCUGGGCAGGUCCAUAGUGGCGGACUACAAGAAACCGGACAAUGCUCACCGACACACCGCGCUACAAGAGGGUGAUUACAGGCUCUGCUUCGACAACACCUUUAGCACCUUUAGUGAAAAGACUGUAUUCUUUGAUCUCAUGGUAGACACAGAGGAACCAGAAUUAAGGGAAUAUGAUGAUGAUAAGGAGAUGGAAUUGGGGAACUCCGCGGAGACUUACAUGAUGAGGGUCAAGGACAUAUCCGACUCUGUCACGAAGCUCAAGGACAACGUCUCGGCUGCGAGGCGUCUGCAGGAGCUCAUGUCGGCCCACGAGGCCAGGGACAGGAAUUUGGCGGAGGACAUGUGUGACAGGGUACUGAAGUGGUCACUGGGGCAGAUAAUAUUGAUGACAAUAGUCGGUGUCACUCAGGUGUAUUUCUUGAAGAAUCUAUUCGAAGAUCCGAGUAACAGGUAUCAGAAAAUGGUUCCCAACUUUAUGUCCCAAUGAUAAGACCAAGAUUUUGAAGCCAUGAAAAACUAGAAUCUCAUUGUGAGCUUAGGCCUACUACCGUCAUUUAAAGUAGUAUUAUUUUAAUAUUGUGUAGUGUUCUUGUUUCGCAAUUAUGAUCCUUAUUCCAGGGAUGUCAAGGUAUGUUAUAUAAAACUUAUUGUAAAAUAAUACUGCUUUAAUUAUGUUAUAUAAUAUACAGGGUUAAAAAAACAUACCAAGAAGCUCUGUAGAAUAUGACUAGUAAUUAUAUAACUAAACGAUUUUUCAAAAUUCAGUAUCAAUUUAUUUCAUACAAAAAAAUUAAUAAGUCACGUUAUUUUGUAAAGUGGCAUUACACUGUGUAACCAAACACGUGUCGGGUCAGUGACCGCGCGAUAGAGUCACGUUUCGCGCGCUGUUGCCGAUGUUACAUUACAGAGUAGUUACAAGUAGAGUAUCUAUGUAAAAUAUUUAAUUUUACACGACUUAAAAAAAGUUUUAGAACGAAAGUUGUUAGUUUUAAUGUAAACAACUACAGGCCGAGAGCUUUCUUA